UAGAAGUAGUUCCGUAUUUGUUGUAUAUAUUCGCACCAGGUUUUCAUCAAAUUCAUAUUUUUGUGAUCUGCAAGUCAUCAUGAAGGUUCUGUUGUCCGCCGCUAUUUUAUUGACAAUCGUUUUAGCUAUUGACGCUACAGCGUACUAUAGAAAUCCGUGUGAAACCGGUGAACAUAAAUGUAACCAAGGCCACAGCAAAUGUAAAUAUCUUGGCUAUGGAAAGUACGAGUGUAAAUGCGACAGUUGCUAUUCGGGAACAUUUUGCAAACAAUUUGACGACCCAUGUGAUGACGUCACUUGCCAGAAUGAAGGCACGUGUUCAUCCAACCGAGACACAUGCACUGCCACAUGCAGCUGUCGAACUUGCUAUACCGGACAAUUCUGCCAAACAGGUAAACAAAGUUUAUGAUAUUAAAAUGUGUAU